GCCUUCCAAUUCCCAAAACUCGAUCAUCUUUCUCGCUCUCUCCAUCUUUGUCACCGAACAAUAUGGCGGACCAAACCCCGCAAGUCGCUGUGGCCCAAACAGAACCUCUAGCAGACACCAUAUCGACAGCUAAUUCAAAGCGAAAGGCGGAGGAGCAGCUAACAAAAGAGAUGGUCGAGCAACAACAUACCGAGCAGUCGGCUUCCAGCAGCAGCGAGCAGCAGCAACCGACCGAGCAAACCACAACCACCACUACAGACAACGCUCAAGAGCCACAACAACAAGGAGAUGGCGACAAUGUCGAUACCCAAGCAGCUGAUGGCACCCCCAAGAUCUCCAAAAACCAACUCAAGCGUCUCCGCCGCCAAGCAGCCCACGAGCAAUUCCGACAAGAACGCAAGGAAAAGCGCAAAGAAAAGCGACACCAACAACAAGCCAAGAAGCGAGCCCUCAAAGAAGCCGUGGUAGCCGAAGCCCAAGCGGCCGGCCAGGACCCAGAGGAGGCUCUAAAGAAACUGUGCAAGGAGCCGUGGGUGGCGCACCCCGUUCCCGUGGCCUUCAUCAUCGACUGCGACUUUGAGGAGUACAUGCGCGAAAACGAAAUUGUGUCGCUGUCGUCGCAGAUUGUGCGGUCCUACUCGCAGAACCGCCGGGCCAAGUACCAGGCGCAGCUGGUCAUCAGCUCGUGGAAGGGCAAGCUCAAGGACCGGUUCGAGCGGGUGCUGAAGAACGCGCACCUGAACUGGAAGGGCGGCGUAAAGUGCAUCGAGGGCGACUUUAUGCAGGCGGCAGAGGUUGCAAAGGGUAUGAUGGAGGAGACUGAUGUCAAGGAGGGCAUGAUUGAUCUCCUCAAGCCGAGUGGAAAUGGUGGGUUGUUGCUUCCUGAGCCGGAAGCCGAGGAGACGGAGGAGGGUGGUGAGGGUGGUGAUGCUGCUGCUGCUGCGGCUCCCAAGCCGAAGCCUGAGGAAGAGGCCGAGGAUGUGAACCAGUCGAUUGUUUACCUGUCGGCAGAGUCUGACUACACCCUGGACAAGCUAGAAGCGAACACGUGCUACGUCAUUGGCGGCCUGGUGGAUAGGAACCGCGAGAAGGGCCUCUGCUACGGCCGGGCCAAGGCGGCAAAGGUGCGGACGGCCAAACUGCCAAUUGGAGAGUAUAUGGCGAUGCAGAGCCGCUACGUCCUCACGACAAACCAGGUUGUAGAGAUCAUGGCCAAAUGGCUCGAGUGCGGUGACUGGGGUGAGGCGUUCCUGACCGUUAUUCCCAAGAGAAAGGGCGGAACCCUCAAGGCAGAGUCGUCAUGUGGUACCCCUGCUGCGGACAACGGCGAGGAUGAUGAAGAGGAGGAGAACGGCACCCAAGAAGCCAAUGGUGAGGCUGCAGCUCCCGAGGUCACAGACCAGACGACAGAGCAAGCACAAGAUGUGCAAAUGUCUGGGUAGAACCGCUGUCUCACCUCCACCAGAAUCAAUCCUUCGAAUGCGAAGACGUGGAUGACGGCUCUUUGCUCUGUAGGAAAAGUCCAGUGAAGAUCCCCCAUAACAUCCAGUGGCAGAUUAGAUGGCCGUUGUAUGGUUUAGGAUGGCGGGUGCAUCACAGGGCAUAUAUACCCAAUUAUUUUGAGCCGCCAAACAAAUACCCUUCUCAGUUAUCAAAAAGGGACAUGAUGUUCCCAUGUUCAAGCCAGCCGUAGACCUGCUAAACCUUGGCCUGCAAACGAUAUCCAGUCCUUACCAUACAACGCCAAUGACCCCUUACAUCACAAGAUGCACAAACAUUUGACCCAAGCCUUCUAUGUUUCCCCUAUUCCGACUUUA